GUUAUCGUCCAGAUGGGGUGAAGGUGGUCCUGGCGCCAGGCUGUACCUUUUUCUGUACUAGAUGAACUUGGCCCUAGACAAAAAUCUUUUUUUUUUAAAGAGGGUAGAAGAAGUGCAGUGGCAGCAGCCUCUAACCCUCAGUGUAUGGCCGGUCUGCCUCCGAGAGUAGACACAUUUCAGCCCACCCCCAGUUGACAUAAACGACGUUUUGAAAUCAUCGAAAACAUCUGAUCGAAGGUUUCAAAACAUGGCGACUGACGAAAAAACACAGACCUCAUCAUGCGAACUCGAAAUGGGAUACCAAACAACUGUGAUGUACGGCCGGUACACUCGCAGUUUGGGUGAAUACGCUCGAGAGCAAGCUGCUGAACUACGCGAACUGCAAAAGAACAACAAGAGGGAGGAAAAGAUAAGAAAUAAAGAAUUGUGGUCUUAUCGGGGCAAAUGGACAUCGCGACUUUUCCGGGUCGUAUCCUACACAUGGCGCCACACUUUUGCCAAAAUCGGAGAGGACUGGAUAUUUUUGGCUCUUCUCGGUAGCAUCAUGGCUUUGCUGAGUUACAUCAUGGAUUACGGAGUCAAUCUGUGUAACACAGCUCGGAUGUGGAUGUAUUUUGAAUUGACAAACGAUCCGGCGGUGCGCUAUCUGUCCUGGAUUUGCCUACCCGUCUUCCUUGUCUUAUUUUCUGCUGGAUUUGUUUACUUACUAGCCCCCCAAGCUAUCGGCUCUGGAAUUCCGGAGAUGAAAACAAUUUUGCGAGGUGUUGUUCUCAAAGAAUAUUUGACUUUCCGCACCGGAAUAGCUAAAAUUGUAGCUUUGACUGCUGUACUUGGUAGUGGGAUGCCACUGGGCAAGGAGGGUCCCCUGGUGCAUAUUGCCAGUAUCGUGGCGACUCUCAUGUCAAAAUUAGUGACAUCCUUCAAAGGAAUCUACGAGAAUGAAUCAAGAAACAGUGAAAUGCUGGCAGCUGCUUGCGCUGUGGGUGUGUCCUGCAAUUUCGCAGCUCCAAUUGGAGGCGUAUUGUUUAGUAUUGAAGUCACGUCCGUUUAUUUCGCCAUUCGCAAUUACUGGCGCGGCUUCUUUUCUGCCGUUUUCGGGGCUCUCAUGUUUCGCUUAUUGGCUUAUUGGCUCGAAACAGAAGAGACUUUGACAGCCAUGUUUCGCACGGAUUUCCGGGUUGACUUUCCUUACGAUCCCCACGAACUAUUCAUUUACGCGCUUAUCGGGGCUUUUGGCGGCUUAUCGGGAGCUCUUUUUGUCCUAUGUCACCGGAAGUAUGUCCUUUUUAUGCGGAAAAACAAAAGAAUCAGCUCAUUCCUUCAAAAGAAUCGUUUUAUCUAUCCGGCCGUGGUUUCGCUUUUCAUCGCAACCUUGUACUUCCCGCCGGGCCUGGGCCAGUUCUUGGUAUCAACCUUGACGACCAGACAACAAAUUAUGAGCUUGUUCUCCAACUUUACCUGGAUGAGUGACGAUUUAACGGCGGAACAGUCUGAAAUUGUUUCUCACUGGACCAAUGAGUAUAGCAACAUUUUUGUAACACUUGGGAUCUACAUGGCUACAACGUUCUUUCUAACGGUUUUGGCCUCUACUCUUCCAGUCCCAUCCGGCAGUCUCAUCCCAAUCUUUAAGAUAGGAGCGGCUUUUGGGCGUAUCAUUGGCGAGGCCAUGCAUCUUUGGUUCCCAGAAGGUAUUCGCAUAGGAUCCGUCAUAUCACCUAUCCUUCCAGGAGGUUACGCCAUUGUAGGGGCAGCGGCUUUUUCCGCCGGAGUGACCCAUUCAAUUUCGAUUUGCGUCGUUGUUUCUGAAAUGACUGGACAAAUUCAGCACAUCAUCCCUGUUCUAGUUGCCGUUCUCGUUUCCAACGCCAUUUCGACUCUGCUUCAACCUUCUCUUUAUGAUUCAAUCAUUAUGAUUAAGAAACUGCCUUAUUUGCCCGGCAUCAUCUCAUCCAGCAGUGCUGCUUACGACAUUUUUGUCGAGGAUUUCAUGAAUCGUAACAUCAAGUACAUUUGGAAUGGCAUGACUUACCAGGAAUUGAAAACCGUUAUCAAGGAUAAACCGAAAAUCCGAUCGUUCCCACUUGUCGAUAACCCAAGACAUAUGGUUCUCCUUGGAUCUAUUCAACGAGGAGAGCUGAUUGAACUGGUAAAGCGACACAUUGGACAUGACCGUCGCGUGAAAGUGGCCGCACAACGUCAAAUAGAAAUUCAGUCGAGGAGUUUCGGACAUAUUAUCCCCAUCAACCUCGAUCCCCCACCAUGCCGUCUGGGUGAAACCGAAGAAUCGUCGUUGACACACGAUCCCGCCAAGCAGCAACAGCAGCAGACUUCGCGAUUUGAAGUUGUGAAAGCGCCCGAUGAUUUGGGCAAUGGCUUAAUAACCGAUACUGCAAUUCAGCGUUCAUCGCAACAUCUCCAGCAACUCCAGCUGAUUACGUUACUGCCGUCACCCGAGCCGCAAACCCCCGUUUCAAUUCAGUCAACUGAAACAGACGAAGAAGCGCAACCGAGAAAAUCUAUUCUGAAAAAGGGAAAUCGAUUUAGUUCGAUUCGGUCAAAAUCAUCUCAACAAACGAUUCAAACUACUCCAAAUUCAACAAUAACUGGGUCAGAAGGAAGCAAAUUCCGUCAAGCCAUCGGUGCUUUCAUCCGUAAAUCGUCUGCUAACGGAGGUAUCUUUAACUUUGCUACUGCCACAUCACCGCCGACUAGUCCUAGCCCAUUCAAAAAUGUCGGUGUAUCGCACAAAUCAAACGAUAUGACGCCCGAGGAGAAGAAAGAAUGGGAAGAAAGCGAAAUGUUGAAACCAGUAGAUUUCCACAAAUGCCACGUCGAUCCAGCUCCCUUUCAGCUGGUUGAACGAACCUCGUUGCUCAAAGUCCACUCCAUGUUCUCAUUGUUGGGCGUCAAUCGCGCUUACGUCACCACAAUUGGCCGACUUAUUGGCAUAGUCUCUCUAUCAGAAUUGCGUAAGGCUAUCGAAGACGUGAAUUCAGGUGUUUCUUUAGCAUUUCACCGCUUCAGUUUUAGCAGCCAAGGAGAGAACAGCGAGUUUGAUAUUCAAGGUGUUUCCCCAGGCGCUCCGAAAGAUCUCGAAACAGGCCCCGAUUUGCCUGGAGUGUCGGACUCUGAUUCUGAAACGGACCAAGAUGAAUCAUCAGCUUCGUCUGCUUUUGUGAUCCCGGUGCAAUUUGAUGUUCAUCAUAUGCCAACUGUAUCCGUCGACGUUGAAAGUACCGCCUCUACUACGAUUAGAAUGAAAGAUAACAGCAUCAAAUUGGUCGUUCCCAGUGCAUUUGCAUGCCCCGGUGGCGCUGCUGGUGAAUCGUCUGUUGCCAAGACUGAUGAUGAGAAUUAAACCAGUUGCACAAGAGUGAUAAGUUCCUUUUUUCUUCCUUGGCAAAAUUGAUGGCGUACAGCAGCAAGACUAGGAAUGAUCAUCAGUAUUAAAAUGUCUUAUUAUUAAUGUUUUUUUUUAUAUAAAGAAGAUGUGAAUAAGGAGUGAUGCGGCUGAAUGCAUUUAAUUUUAACGUCAAUGCCAUCAAUGAAGUGUUCCACCGUCAAGUGUUUGCCCACUUUUGAUUAGCCUUUGAAUUAAUUACCUCAUCAUUUGUAAUCUCUGUGUCAUAUUACGACGCCAUUGACCGCCGAUUUCUGACGCAACAUGUUUAAUUCCCUUUAAAUUUUGAGCUCGUCACUAGAGAAGAUAACAAGCGCUCUCUCCCAAUUCAUUCCAUUAUAUUACUUGUGUACACCUUUUUGCUUUCAUUUUCCUUUUUGUGUUCCCUGACAAGAAAACUAAAGCCUGUUUGCUUUUCCAGAGUUGACCUCUCGUCUGACGAGCUAAGCUGUUUUGGUAUGUCAAGUUCGUACCGUUUGUCUUUCAUUCCCUUUUGUCCGUUUUAUAUUUGUAUUCUCGUAGUGAAUAAUAAAAUUUCCCUUUUUUUAGUUUA